AUGGCUAAUGACAACAAAGCCUAUAUUUUCACUGAUGGCUCCAAGUUCGAAAAUGGAGUCGGAUGCGCUUUUGUGCAAUUUGAGAAUCACAUUACGACUCAUGAAUGGAAGGGCCACCUAGCUGACUCCAACAGCGUCUUCCAGGCAGAAGCGCUCGCUCUCACAGCAGCAGUUCAGCAUAUAAUAGAAGACACCGGUAUUAAUAAUGCAACCAUCUUCUCGGAUAGCGCAUCUACAUUGUACGCCAUCCAGAACCAUAUGCACACGUCACAAAUUAUUAUGAAUUUGCAACAGAUGCUAAGGCUCAACAGCUCCCGCGAGAUUUCCAUAAAAUGGGUCAAAGCCCACGCAGGCAUCCUUGGUAACGAGGCAGCAGACCAGCUUGCGAAGGAGGCAGCUAACAACAUUGCAGCGCAAGAGCUGUACGUUCCAUCGCCUCCCUCUUACCUCAAACGUCUACUCAAGGAUGAAGCUGCCCGCAUAUGGCAAUCAGAGUGGGACCAAAGUGACACAGGCAGGAGAACUUAUAUAUGUUCUUCCCAAAAGUGUCCACUGACCGCACUAUAG